AUGCUGUCAUCCAUGAUUCCGAGGAAACCCAGUGAUUUUCUGUGGCUGGAACGAACCCUCCCUAUACACGACCGCUGCCACAACUCCACAACAGCUCGCAUCAAGACUCACCACGAAACCUUUACAUCUCACUCUUACACACCCACCUGCACCUCCCACACGACCACCCACCACACACACACACCCACACGCGACUCAUUGCAACUACCAUCCCCAGUCUCACGACUCCAGCCAUACUCCACCCAAUCUACCACGCGCCAAAGUGCACUCUGCAUCGACCUACCAGUACAACAAACUCUGACAACACAUCUCCUACCACAUCCACUAACAACCAACCUCCAAACACCACUCUCUAUCUACCACAUCACCUCUGUAUACCCCCACACCAGCUACAACUAUUCUACCUUCACCACUCCAAUCUCAUCACCAUCUAUAAUCCCGCCAAGGCCCGACACCCCAAUAACCGUAAGAUUGCACCUAAACCACAUCACGACGCCACACCAUAUCACCACACCCUCCAAUAGAUCCGAACCUCCAAUGUCCAUCCCCAUCGCGCAUCCGCUCUCCAACUGUAUCUCGCCCCAACCGACGCGCUUUCAACUCAUUCCAUACACAUCGCGUCGAAAACCACUAACGCUACGCCCUCCUCUUCUCAGCACCUCAUAUGUCCCAGUCCCACCAUCGCGUCACACCCCUCAACCCCACCCCCCCAUAACCCAUCAGCGUACAGUGUGCCUCUCGUGUCCCUCCUAUCAACUCUCCUUCUCCUCCUCUACUCAGAGCCUUAUCGGACAGAUCCAGUCAAGCACUACCGAAUAUAACUAA